ACAUCAACUACUAUAAUCAGAUGGAUCAGGUAUUAUCAGAGUAACACCAAUGUCCUAAAGGAAUUUUCAGAGCCCUCUCAUCUAUAUUCCUUCGUCUUUUCAUUUUCAUUCUCUCUCUCUCUCUCUUUGUUCCCUCCCAGCUGGAUUCUGUUUCCAUAGGGACCUCCCAAAAACUACUAUUCUUUCUCCCCUCUCUCUCUAUAUAUAAAUACUAUAACACACAACACAAACACAUAAACUAAGUAGCUUUUUUGAAAGGAAGAAGAGAAAAAUCAUCAUCAUCUUCAUCAUGAGUAGUAGUUGUGGAAGAGAUUGUGGUGGAUCAGGAGGAGUGAGACCUUACAUAAGAUCAAAAGUUCCUCGUCUUAGAUGGACUCCUGAACUUCAUCGUUGCUUUGUUAAUGCCAUUCAAACUCUUGGUGGUCAUCAUAAGGCUACCCCUAAACUUGUUCUUCAGUUGAUGGACAUUAAAGGCCUCACUAUUUCACAUGUCAAGAGCCAUCUUCAGAUGUACAGAAGCAUGAGAAGUGAAGUGGGAAAACAAGGUAGGCCAAGUAACCAGCAUAAAAACCAAGGUUUUGAAGAGCAUGAUGAUGGAUGUGUUGAUGAAGUGAAUGAUGUUAGUGUUGAGCAUUCUUUGAGGAGAGAAUCAGAUUCUUCUAAUUUCUCAAAAAGGGCUAGAAUAGAGAGGGGAAGUUGUACAACAACUAAUCUGCAGCAAUGCAGCCAAAGAAGAAUCUGUGAUGAUGCUGUAAAAAAUCCUCUGUACUGCUUUUAUGACUAUGUACUGCAGCCUAAUAAUACCAAUACCAAUACCAAUACCAAUACCAUUACCAUGGGUAGUGAACAUGAUGAUGAUGAUGAGCAUAAGAAUAAUGGAGUAAAGGAUGAUGAACAAAAGUUUUGUGGAUGGCAGAGGAAGCAGAUACAACCACCCAAGUCUUCAGAUUUUUGCAUAAACCUCACUUCUUUCAAAUCUCUAAACCAACAAUCUGAUUUCCCUCAGGAUAGUAAUGUAAAUGACAGAAAUACCCCUUCAUGGGCAAUUAAUGGACUUACCAAAACUGACAGGGCACAUGUAGAAGUUGAAGGUGAAGGAGGACAUGAGUUGUCAUUGUCUUUAACAUUGCAAAAUCCUUCACCUCAGACAAGUAAUGUUUCUUAUUCGGCCAGUGAAAUCAGUGAGGCAAUUUCAUGCUAUCCUCCUCCUCCUCCUCCUCAUCCUAACCCUACUGCUCUUGGACUUGGUGGGUUUAGCAGCUACUACAAGGACUGCUCUAGAGCAUCAUCAUCUUCUACUGUCAAAGAAAGGAUUAAUUUAGACCUUUCUUUAGCCAUUUAUGGCAAUUGAUUUGAUGCUACUUUACUGUAACAUCUUUUACUUUAGGCAUAAUUUUACUGUAGCUAUUUCUUUAUUCUCUUUGUUUUAAAAUUUUGGUAGUACUACUACUUUUCUUGUGCCUACUCACUAGGUGCAUGCAAUGACUUUUCAAUCAGAAUUCUAAUUUAAUUUUAUGAUGUG